AUGAAUGACGUCGUUUUACGGAUUCCCGCGAAUACGCAAUCUUCUGAUGAGAUAAUCAAAAAAAGUGUCUCGGAAGUGACCAUUUCUACCGCGCUGCUUCCCGGGGCUGAGCUUUCGUACGUUAUCGAGAACAUAAAGAAUCCUGACGAAGUUGGUCCUUCUUCUUGGGAAAUUACCACCUAUUUGGAUACUACCAUUAAAGACGCUAAACUGAACGCUGAGGGAUUCGAGGUGCUCGUGAGGAUAGAUGUGGACACGCGUGAGAGCAAAGCUGAUCCGAGGGUGUAUGGAGCGAAGGAAUCGACCAUAUAUUUCUCGAUGAUGAGUUCUCACCUUCUCCAUGGUGGGUCUGUUCUUGAGCUGUAUGCUCCGCCAGGGUAUGUAUUCUACAACAACAGCUUCGUCAGUUUGAGUGGAAUUGUAGAAGUUGAAGGACAGCACGGCUCGGAACUGGUUUCCUUUCACCUGAGCGCCAUGCUGAUCGGCGAGAACUAUGUGUCGUUGGAAAUAACGGCUCCCAAAGGGUUCAAGUUUUCUAUCGGAAGCUCUUGUGUGACGAACUCCUCAACAGAGGAUCAGUGGUCGGUUUUUAACGACUGCAACAGCGAUGAGAAUGUCGCUACGCUCACUACAGCAACGAAUGUAUUGAAUGCAGGUCAAACGAUUAUCGAUAUGGUGUGUGUGAAUCCUGAUGCUACACCACUUGACAAUUCCUGGCGACUUGCUCUCUAUCUCGAUGCUAACAUUUCCCAUUACUGGUAUAUUCAGGUCGAGGACGGGUAUGAAAUCAAAGCAAUGGAGGCACAGUUUCUGGGCAGUAACCGUCUUGGCGUGAGCGCUCCGGGAUUUUUCACAUUCGUGUCUUCCCAGGAAAUAGUUGGUCCUAUUCAAAUCGAUAUAACACCACCGGUCGGGUAUGAACUGAAGUGUACCCCGUCGUAUCGUGUCGGUCUGUUGACGCCUCCUCAAUGCGAGGAACAGAUCGGCACUACGGGGUCAGCCAUCAAGCUUCAGUUUUCUGAGGUGUCCAUCGAUCAAGGGAUAGGUUUCACUGUGGCUAUUGAGAUCGUCAACCCCGGUGCUCCGCUUACACCAGACCCUGAUACUGGCAUCAGUAGAAAUACUUUCGAGCUGAUACUUCGUGAUACAGAAGGCAACACCAUCGACGCUAAUAUGGCGGUCCUAGGCAUGGAUCUGGCCAACGUCCCGAUCAUUGGCUCCGCCCUAGCAUGGGAUGCAGUAGAAGCUCAGAGCAUCUCGAAAGUUCAAAUAGUCCUAAAAAUCAGUCGAGAUAUGCAACCUGAAGAGGUGCUCGAAAUACAUGUCGAGGCGCCCCAGGACGUGGCAAUGACCGCUCCAUCCAACGUCGUAUUGUCCGACAACAUCCCCGUAUCGGAUGUGGCUCCGGUAUCAGUAGCCGGAAAUCGCCUCAUUAUUCGUCUUAUGAGAGCAUCACUGAGUCUAGGACUAGUAACAGAAGUUGAAGGUCUUCGCGAGGGAACGGUGAUCAUUAAUUUCUCGGUGAAAAAUCCAUCACAGCUGCCGAACGCGAACUACUGGGUUGUUAAAAUGCUAGGCGAGGAUCGGGUUUUGGUAUUUCAGCACGUUUUUGAAGGGUAUUCACUGAGCUAA